CUCCGGAGAGCAUUGCAUUCUCGGCUCGGCUUGCCACUAGAUCGUCCACUUUUUCGCGUUGCCAAUGCAUUAACUAUCAGAGGGCCACAGUUCAUCUCCAACCGGUUUGGCUGUUUGCGAGGUUCUUGCUCCUGCAACUCGCCAAUGGCUCCGCCAUCGCCUAUGACAUGCGCGAGAUCGCCCCAGCCGCGGCAUCCAAGGACAUGUACGCAAAGAAGCCAUCCUCUAAAGUCGAUGGUGCUUCGUCCGCUGGAGUUCCUGGCGAGCUCGCUGGACUCCACCUCGCGUGGCAACACUUUGGAAGGCUGCCCUGGAAAUCGCUCUUGGAGCCGGCCAUCAAGCUAGCCCGGGAUGGAUUCGUGGUAACACCUUACCUGGAAUUUGAAAUUGCUCAGAGUCUCAAGGGGAUUCUAGCUCACAGAACGCUUCGAAAGUUCCUCUCGCCGAAUGGGAAGCUGGCGAAAGCUGGUGAUGUUCUUCGCAACGAGGAGCUGGCCAGGACGCUGGAGCUGAUUACCAACGAAGGGCCGGGUGGGCCGAAGGGCCGGCUGUUCUUGGAAUGCCUCCUCCAUCUUGGGGAGGUGGCACUGGUAUCUUUUCUUUUCUUGCUUGUUUUCUCUUUUACUGACUAGAAAUACAUUUUUUUAAUU